CACCAACAAAGACACAACAAAGUCAUGAAUAAGCUUACAAUCUCCGCUAUUCUUCUUCUUCUGUUUCUCCUUCCUAUGUUGGUCUGUUCUGAAUGCACAUGUGAGUCUGAGGCCGAGGACCGGAACAGAACCGAAGCUCUGAAAUACAAACUGGUAGCCAUAGCAUCAAUCCUCAUUGCUAGUGCCAGUGGGGUCUCUCUUCCGAUCUUGGGGAAAAUAUUCCCCGCCUUUAACCCUGAAAAAGAUAUAUUCUUCAUCAUCAAGGCUUUUGCGGCUGGUGUCAUUCUUGCCACGGGCUUCGUCCAUGUGUUACCAGACGCGUUUGAUAGUUUGACAAGCCCUUGCCUUCCUACUAACCCUUGGGGGAAUUUUCCGUUUUCGGGUUUCGUCGCAAUGGUUUCUGCUAUUGGGACACUGAUGGUGGACUCAUUUGCGACGAGUUAUUAUAAGAGGUCGCAUUUUAAUAAGGCAAAGCCGGUAAAUGGAGAUGAAGAGAAGCAGGAUGAGCAUGAAGGUCACUUCCAUGUUCACACUCAUGCCACUCAUGGUCAUGCUCAUGGGUCUGCUUUUGUUUCAGAGGAGAAUUUGGGUUCAUCCGAUUUGAUUCGGCAUCGGAUUAUAUCACAGGUUUUAGAGUUGGGAAUUGUCGUUCACUCUGUUAUCAUUGGCAUAUCGUUGGGUGCCUCUGGCAGUCCCAAAACCAUAAAGCCACUUGUAGGAGCAUUGACCUUCCACCAGCUUUUUGAAGGCAUGGGUCUUGGAGGCUGCAUUUCUCAGGCCAAAUUUAACGCCCGAGUCAUCACAAUUAUGGCAAUUUUCUUUUCCCUUACCACCCCGGUCGGAAUCCUGAUCGGCUUUGCAAUCUCAAAUACAUAUAAUGAGAAUAGCCCGACGGCUCUCAUUGUAGAGGGCAUACUCAAUUCUGCGUCUGCCGGAAUAUUGAUAUACAUGGCACUCGUCGACCUCCUCGCAGCGGACUUCAUGAACCCUAGAAUGCAAAGCAAUUUGAAGCUCCAAUUUGGUGCCAAUCUUUCACUUCUUCUGGGCUGUGGUUGCAUGUCCCUUGUAGCCAAGUGGGCUUAAACGCAAACUAUAUUGGCAUAUGACAGAUAUUUUGUUCACAAUGUCUUCCCAGACAGUUUUUUCAAAAUUAUCGCAAAAUUAUGGUGGAUUGGAUUCCAUUUUGUGAAGGGUCCUUGAAUGGAUAGGAUCCAAAUAUUUUAACCAAGUGGUUAAAUGACUGAAAUUGAAGAGACUUGAAAUAGAGAGAAUCGGGAUCUGUAUUUAUUUUAAGGUAGCAACCAGCAAGCAUAUAAAGAAGGGUUUGUAUUAAUUUUUGUGUCUAAAAUAUGCGCG